CCCCGUGAGGUAAAGAAGCGCAUGCGUAUAUCUCUUGGGUGCAGCCGCCACUGCUACUACAGCUGCCGCCUUCUCCGUCGCCGCUGCCGUAAGAGCAGUAGCGGCGUGAGCGUGAAGGGGGAAAGAGGCGAGUUGUCUCGCGCUCUGGGAAGCGAAGCCGUUGAACCGCCUGCCUCGCACGCGACCCCGUUUCGGCCAGCCGGCCGACCAACCAAUCGCCUGCUCUCUGGCUUCUUUCUUUUUUUUUUUUUUUUGGUUUUGUUUCUGUGUUUCUCUCUCUCUCCUCUUCAGUCUCUCUCUCUCUAGCCUCGGUCGGGAGCAGAACAAAAACAUUUAAAGAAGCAAAACCUCCCAGCCUCUGAAAAACCCCGUAAAGAUGGUCGACCGCGAGCAGCUGGUGCAGAAAGCCCGGCUGGCAGAGCAAGCCGAGAGAUACGACGACAUGGCGGCUGCCAUGAAGAAUGUGACAGAACUGAAUGAGCCACUCUCUAACGAAGAAAGAAAUCUCUUGUCUGUAGCUUACAAGAAUGUAGUUGGGGCCCGACGCUCCUCUUGGCGAGUAAUUAGUAGCAUUGAGCAGAAGACCUCUGCUGAUGGCAAUGAGAAGAAAAUUGAGAUGGUGCGGGCUUAUCGUGAGAAGAUUGAGAAGGAAUUGGAAGCUGUGUGCCAGGAUGUACUCAGUCUCCUAGACAACUACCUGAUCAAGAACUGCAGCGAGACCCAGUAUGAGAGCAAAGUCUUCUACUUGAAGAUGAAAGGGGACUAUUAUCGCUAUCUUGCUGAGGUGGCCACAGGGGAGAAGAGAGCGACUGUGGUGGAAUCCUCUGAGAAGGCAUACAAUGAAGCUCAUGAGAUUAGCAAGGAACACAUGCAGCCAACUCAUCCCAUCCGACUUGGCCUGGCCCUUAACUACUCUGUUUUCUACUAUGAGAUCCAGAAUGCCCCUGAACAGGCAUGCCACCUGGCCAAGACGGCUUUUGAUGAUGCCAUUGCUGAGCUGGACACCCUCAACGAGGAUUCCUACAAGGACUCAACGCUCAUCAUGCAGCUGCUCCGUGAUAACCUAACGCUCUGGACAAGCGACCAGCAAGAUGACGAUGGUGGUGAAGGCAACAACUAGAACCUUUGGAUGGACUGGCAGCCGCACGCCGAUGCUACUACUGCAGUCUUUAUUUUUUUUCCCACAAGUGAAAAGUGGGGGGGGAGGGGGUCAGGGGUGGGGUAGGGGAAAAAGGAGGUGUGAUCUUCCAGGGAGGCUCCCCGCAACCUGUCUUUGAUUGCCUCUGUGACACUUUUGCCAAAACACCACUAGUGGAAAAUCAGGCUGGCUGUGGUGGUAUGGAGUAGAAUAGCAGCCUCACAAUGGCAUAUGGACUGUUCAGUUGAUUAUUAAUUCAAGGGGAGCUGUCUUUAAGUUAUCUUAAUUGCUAGGCAUACAUGAAGUUAAUGAUGACUAACUUGAAUGGAAUGGCCCUCUCUCUUUUUUUCCCCUUGGUUUGAUUUCUUUGUUUGUUUGUUUGUUUGAGAAGCUGUUCUGUGGUUCCAGUAAGGUUUCCCAGUCAUUCUCUUCUCAAUGAAAUGUCACACUAUGUUAAGAUGAAGUUUUUGUCUUGUCUCUCUAUUGUCCACCUCCAAUUAUGGAAGAUUUGAGUUUCCAUUUAUUAUGGCAUAAUUUUAAAAAGAUCCCAAGAUCAUUAGCAUUGGAGUUUAGAUGCUGAAGUAUUAACAUUACAUUACAGUUUACAGUAUUUCUACACAACAGCCAUAUUUUACACCAAGCUUUUUGAGUUUAAAUUUGUUUCUUUCUGGCUUAAAUGUUCUUCUGCAGCUUGCAUCUGAGAAUCGGUUUUCCAGAUGUUUGAAUACUACAUGAAAACGAUCUAUCUUCUUUUGAUUCCUUUGCCUUAUUUGAAUAGAUGCUUGGCAAACGGCUCUAUGAAGUACAGGAAUUCACAGCAAAGGAUUCAGAACUUAAAAUUGGACGAGAGAAGUUCUUAAAACAUAAUGCUAUUUGACUAUUGUUAAUUCAGACCUGUAUUUUUCUUAUUCAGUGUCUGGAAUUUUCCAAGGCCGUUUCUUCUUUUUCAAAGGAAGAGGAAAGGUGUUAUAGUCCAUCCUCAGGGAUCCUGCUGCCAGUUUGCUCAAAAGCUUACAUUUCUCCUAGUAUAAUUAAAAGAUUUUCAGCAGAUCUCUUCUGCCUCUUUUCCCCAUGCCUCUGACCUUUCCUUUGUUGCCCAUAUUGAAGGCAGGGCCUUUCUGUAUUGCAAGCCUGUGAUUAUAAGUGAAUCUAUCAGGGUAGAAACAUCCACAAAGAAAAGUAUCUGAUGCCAGUGUCCUAUUUAACAAAUAACAAGAUUUAACAAAUCUUGGCCUAUUUCAAAGAUGUACAGAAAAUUCUGUUCAUUUGUGAUACUUAAUCUGCUGGGAGUGGGGGGAAACUACAGCUGAUCAGGAAUUUUUUGUCAUCCAUUUUUGAAAAUAAAUCAUAGUGAUUGGAAAUUCAUUGCUUUUUUCCUUCAUAAAUUACGGGGUUUUUUAUUUUAAAUAUAGCUUCUGUUAGUCAAAAGCACCUUAGAAGGAAACAGGGCUCUAAUGACUCCCAUUGUACAAAUAGAUCUAUUUCCCUCUGUGGAAAAGGGAUAUCUCGUUUCUCAUGGUGGUCUAGACUUUUUUCUGUUUAAUUUGCUACAAUGCACCUGGACAGUAGGGUGAGUCUUCUUGACGGUCUGCAAUUCCAAAGAAAGUAAAAGUUUAAGAUGGGUUGAUAUUGCAAAAAGCUGGCAAAUCAGCAUCAAUGCAUCCAGUGCAGAUACAUUUCUUAAAAAACCAAACAUAACUUGUACUUUGUUGCAGUGUGGUAAUAUACAUUCAGUGACUUUCCCUUCAGGGCCACUUCAGUAAAGUGCCACGCCAGUAGCCUGUUUAGUGCAUCCCGUUUGCUCUACUAAGGAGGAGAGGCUUGCAACUUGAGUGACUGAGUGAAACCUCUUAAGAAAUAUUGUGGACUGGAAGAACAUUUUAAGGCUUCUCUUUAAUUUGCAGUCGUGUGAGCAGUGCGUAUCCCUGGCUUUGAUUUGGAAGUGAUUUACUGGAAUUACAAAACCUUUCUUGAUUUUUUUCCAGCUUCUAGCUCUGGCUGCUUUAGGAAAACUUUAUGCAGGGGAAAAAGAUCGCACAAGAGGGCUAAAUAUGGAGUGGGGGGCAGGGGGUUGGGGGAUGCGAGCAGCUUGAAUGGUUUCUUUCAAUUUUUUGUUAAAGAAAUGCACUUGCCUAUGAUAACUGUUUCUCCAGUGAAAUGAAUAACUGCUCCAUUAUUCUAUUGAUACAAUAUUGUGCAUGCUGGUGUUGUAUUUCUAUAAAGUAGCUUGAAAUUUAUUAACUUAUACUGUAGAUGUUAUGUAUUCCUAUGACAAUAGUCUUCAACAAUUUUUAAAAUUUUUUUAAUUUAUUUUAUUUUUCCUUUUUCGGGGGUAAAGUUUGCUCUACCAAAUAGUGAUCGUAACAAAACUGAUCUGUUAUGGAUGUUGCUAUAGUGACAUGCAAUUAUAUAUGAUUUUUUUUAAAAAAAGGAAAGCAAAGAAAACACCAGUGUUAGCUUAAUCUUAAUGUCUGGUGUUCGUCAUGGUGAAAUUAUAACUAUUACAGUGUAGGAGAAAAAUGACUAUGUUCUUUGAAUGAGCCUUUGUUUGUGCUUUUCUGUCAUGUUAUGCAGUGAACUCUUUUUAAAGUCUAAUCAGUGAUUAUUUUUCCAACUCCGUGUUUCUGUAAGGAAUUAUUUCACACACGGACCAUUCUUAGCAGUUUUCCUCAGUGAUGGAAUAUCAUGAAUGUGAGUCAUUAUGUAGCCGUCGUACAUUGAGCAAAUAAACUUACAGAUCUGAUGUC